UGUUUCUAAUAGAGGAAGUAGAAUUCAUUCCAUUCUUGGUUUUUCGAAAUGAAAACAUAUUAUUUACAAAAUAAAUGAACAUUAAACGAAUUUUUGUUUUGAUUAUUGGUUAAACACUGCAAAAAUUGCUAAGUGAAAUAUUUUUGCAACAGAAAAACUAGGAGAAAAUGUCCUUGCUACGACAGUGUGGAGCCACUUUACGGCGUCAGAAUGGAGUGCAGCAAUUGCUGUUAAAAUCCCUAACGAUUAGUGGUGGUCAGCGAAACUUCAACCAGCUGUUACUUCAGCCAGCUCCUAGCGCAACAAAUAAGGUUGGUUCAGUGCGCGGAUAUAAAAAAUUUGGACACAAAGAAGAACCUACACCACGGCUAACGAGAUAUUUUCAUAUAUUUGUUGGCACACUGUUCUUCAUAACUAUAUUGGACUGGAAGAGAAUAAAGCGCGCCAUAAUGCCGAAAGUUGAUGCCGACGCACCAAAGCCUAAAGAUAUUCCGCAGAAAAAUAAAGUAAAGAAUAAUGAUGAUAGCGAUGCAGAAGAAUCGGAUGGUAAAGAUGAACCUGCUAUUUGCAAGGAAAGGCGUGGUGCCAAGGAAAAAAUGGGUUUUCGUGAACGCAAGAUUAUCGAAUACGAAAAUCGUAUACGUCAAUUUUCGACACCUGAUAAGGUGUUCCGUUAUUUUGCCACUAUACAAGUACCGACAUCCGAUGAUCGUUAUGAAAUCUUUAUGACUCCACAAGACUUUCUAACUAGCAUGACGCCAGGCAUGAAGCAACCAGAGGGUUUGGGACUUGACCAAUAUCGCCGUUAUGAUCCGAAGGAUGUUGCUGAGUGUUUGAAGCUGCAUUUGGCAAAGGACAGCAUUUUCUACAAAUUGGGCUCCUUUGGUUUAAUUACCUUUUCGGACUACAUAUUCUUACUAACAGUGCUCUCAACUUCUCGUCGUCAUUUCGAAAUCGCUUUCCAAAUGUUCGACUUGAACGGUGAUGGCGAUGUGGACAGUGAAGAGUUUGAAAUGGUCGCCGAUUUGGUGCGUCAACAAUCCACCAUCGGCAUCAGGCAUCGUGAUCAUGCAGCUACCGGCAAUACAUUUAAGGGUGUGAACUCGGCGCUCACUCACUACUUCUUCGGCCCGAAUUUGGACCAGAAAUUAACCAUACAAAAGUUCAUACAAUUCCAAGCCCAACUGCAACGUGAAAUCCUAACGUUGGAAUUCGAGCGCAAAACUCCGAAUAGUGAGGGUCUGAUAACGGAGGUGGACUUCGCUGAGCUACUGGUGGCCUAUGCUGGCUAUUCGCAUAAGAAGAAGUCACGCAAGUUGAAGCGUGUCAAGCGUAAAUUCAAGGAUAACAAUUUGGGUAUCUCCAAAAAAGAUUAUCUCGAUUUCUUUCACUUCUUGAAUAAUAUUAACGAUGUGGACACCGCACUGACGUUCUAUCACAUUGCGGGCGCAUCGAUUGAUCAGGCUACACUCAAACAUGUGGCCAAAACUGUGGCUAUGGUGGAUCUAAGAGAUCAUGUGAUCGAUGUCAUAUUCACGAUUUUCGACGAAGACAACGAUAAUCAGCUGAGUAAUCGCGAGUUCGUGGCUGUGAUGAAGAAUCGCUUGCAGCGUGGUUUGGAAAAGUCGAAGGACACCGGUUUCAUCAAAAUGAUGCGCUCGAUGUUGAAAUGUGCCAAGGAAACAAAGCCGGUGCUUUUGGAUCUUUAAACGAGGAAAAAAGAUUUAGAGAAUUAUUCAACGACUGCGCUUUCUAAAAGCUCACCACUUUUAGUUAAUUAUGAAUAUUUACCAUUUGUGUACACUUCCUAUUUACUAAACCAGUUUCUAUAAAUAGUUAAUCUUAACAUAACCUAGAAUUAUACUUUUUUAUUUAAUUUGUUUGUUCGAUAAUAAAUAUGCAAUGCAAUCGCGUUAAA